CACAAAAAUUUAGCAAUGGCUGUCUCUCUUGAACAUCGUAGGUUGUUGUUGAUGUUGUUUUCAUGGAUGUUGAUAAUGACGGGAAAGCCAGCAACAGUAGCGGGUUUAUUUCAGCCCAGUGUGUGGACACAAGCCCAUGCGACAUUUUAUGGUGACGAGAGUGCUUCUGCCACCAUGGGAGGAGCGUGUGGAUAUGGAAAUUUGUUCAUAAACGGUUACGGGAAAGACACGGCAGCUCUGAGCUCUACAUUGUUCAACGAUGGAUACGCAUGUGGGACUUGUUACGAGAUAAAGUGUGUCCAAUCCAGUGCAUGCUUCUCGAAUGUGGCUUACACCACAGUGACUGCCACCAAUAUCUGCCCUCCUAAUUGGGCCGAGGCCUCUGACAAGGGAGGGUGGUGCAACCCACCUCGUGCACAUUUUGACAUGUCCAAGCCCGCUUUCAUGAAAAUUGCAGAGUGGAAAGCUGGAAUCGUUCCUGUUAUGUACCGCAGAGUGGGUUGCGUGAGGAGUGGGGGAUUGAGAUUCUCUUUCCAGGGAAAUGGUUAUUGGCUACUGGUGUAUGUGAUGAAUGUGGGAGGAGGAGGAGACAUUGCAAACAUGUGGGUGAAAGGAAGUAGAACUGGGUGGAUCAGCAUGAGCCACAAUUGGGGAGCUUCUUACCAAGCAUUUGCAACAUUGAGUGGCCAAUCUCUUUCGUUUAAGGCAACCUCUUACACCACCAAAGAGACCAUAAUAGCUUGGAAUGUUGCUCCCACCAACUGGGGCGUAGGAUUAACGUAUUCCUCCAACGUCAAUUUCAGCUUACGGAUGCGUGAAUCGUAAAAGUAAAUAAGGUGUUGGUUAUGAUUGAGAAGGUGAAAGAAUAAUUAUGUGUGUUGGUUGUGGAGGGAGGGUUUGGUGGCCAUGACAUGUGCUAUGGUACCGUGGCAGUUGGUAUGGUUAAGCAAGAGGUUGUAUGGGUUGUGGGUCGUCACUUCGUAUGUAGAAUGUCGUAAUUUUCGACCCUAUUAUACUUUAUUUUUUAUUUUUUAUUACCUGUCGGAGUAAAUUAAGUUAUUAUUG